CGCAGAGUUCAUGAAAAGCGAAAGGUAGUCGAUGUAACGAGGCCUGUUAACGUUUCAGACAACGUCAAGAAUAAAUGUGACAUAGAUAUCUUAAACUCACGAAAGAGAAACAGAAAAACUUUAUUUGAUUUGUCUGGCCGAGGAUCCUGGGUCUAGAUCAAUUGUUCCUGUACUAUUGAAGCAAGCCUGCACUUUAAGAGCAUUUUGGAGAAAGUUUUCUUCCGAUCUGAACUACGAUGCAACUGAUUGAGAGGACAGUGUUUUGCUUUUUGGCUGCAUCUUUGUGGACAGGAAUUUCAGCCGUCGUCCCUCUUCCAGAAGAAAACAUGAACGUGGUAAGGGCGUGUGUUUAUGUUGUGGAUGUGGCGGCCAUGAAACCUAGGUCAUGUUGCGUAAUUUCCUAUGGCAUAAGGAGAAGGAUUUAGGAAAAUAUUGGAGAUCAUGACUUGCUGAAGGGAAUGCUACGAUGAGAUAUCUUUAACUUUGACGAUAAGAUACCGCGCUUUCCCGCAGUGAACCUAAAGGGCUGAUCUUUUUGUCUCUUCAAUAUAGCACAUGCAAAGUACCCACAAUUUUAAAUUUCAGACUAAAGCAACUAGCAAAGAAUGUGAAAUUGAGAUAACUUUGAAACGACUUGCAAAUGGCUUCGAAGAACUUCUUCCAUUCGCGCCUCUAAAAAAACAAAUAGUUGACGAUGUAGACGCAAUGGCUUCCGUGAUUGCUGAUGGUUGCUUUAAUUUGGUUUGAACUGUCAUCAGCUCUUUCCUUUACUUUUCAACGUUUACGAACUCGGCCAAUUGGUACUGACGAAAGUAUAGGAGAAUUUCGAGGCACGUAACCUAUAAAUCACUUUUCCAGAGCGUUUGUAGUUUUAAAUCAAAUAUUAAUUUCCGGGAAUGAGGAGAAAUUUUGGGCAGACCUUGAUCUGUGUGACUUGUGCAUAACAAAUGUUGUUGUUGUUUUUUUAUCCUAUAGACUCAAAUGAUAAUUUACAAUGGCUACCCUGCCGAAGAGUAUAACUUUACAACUCCUGACGGCUACAUCAUAACCAUUCAAAGAAUUCCCCACGGGAGACAGGAAACUUAUGCCUCUGAAGAUGCCAAACCGGUUAUUUUGGUGCAGCAUGGACUUCUGGAUGCUUCUUCCACUUGGAUAUCAAAUUUACCCAAUGAAAGCUUCGGUUUCAUACUUGCUGAUAAAGGAUUUGAUGUGUGGCUCGGAAAUGUCCGUGGUAAUACAUAUGGUAGACAUCAUGUCAAUCUUUCUGUGGAUUCUGAUGCUUUUUGGGAUUUUAGGUAAGAUGUUCUUCCCGAUAUGAUGUGUGAUGUGUUUGAACUUGUAGGAUUUAUAAUUAUUCAGGGUAAACUGUAAGUUUCCUGAAUUAAAAUUUGUGGAUGACAUGUUGUUUUAGACCUUAAAAGUCGUCAUAUCUGAGCCUAGGACUGAAAUGUUAUGACAAAUAGCAUUAAUCCAUGGCCAGUGUGAAGGAAUGAGAAACAAAACAGUGGUAUUUAUUUGCAGAUUUAAUAUACAGACACACUGAAAACAUUCUGUGAAAAAAAAAUUAAUUAAUCAAUUUAAAAAAACCCAGCAAAUUAUUUCAACUUGUAGAGAAUCAGGAAAUAAUCAAUAAUGUUAGUCCAGAGCUAAAAAGAGACCAGCCUUUGGAUAUGAUUUAUUUCCUUCAUUUCCUAAGGAAGCACAGGAAGUAAUUGGGUGAAAUAGGUUGAUAUGGAAAUUAAAGGUCAAGCAAAGGUACCAAAUUUAGUGUGUUAAGAAUUAAGUUUCAGGCUAGCUUGAUAGAGACACGGAAGAAUUAGGAUGGUAUUAGUAGUGUCACCUUUAGUUAGUGUUUCACCUCAGUGUGUUCACCUCACUGUAUUAACCCCUAAUGCAUUUUCUCAAAUCCAUUUUUCUUGCACUUUGCAGCUUUGAUGAAAUGGCCAAGUAUGAACUCCCCUCUGCAGUCAACUUCAUCCUCAACAAAACCGGGCAGACAACUCUGUAUUAUGCUGGUCAUUCACAAGGAAGCCUCAUGGCUUUCGCAGAGUUAUCAAGAAACCAUGAUUUGGCUAAGAAAAUAAAGGCUGUGUUUGCACUCGGACCUGUUGCUUAUUUAGGUCAUAUGAAGAGUCCUCUUAAACUUUUGGCUGAUUAUGUUCCAGAACUUGAGGUAUGUAGUUUAAAUUCAAUCUAACUGGAAUUAAGUUAUGGGUCUGACAUCUCAAUGUCCCUCAAUUUCUUGAAACUGUUAGACAAUUUUCUGAGUACUUGAUUUGUUCAAACUUCCUUAGAAAACCAAGCAACAUUCUAAGGAAGUUUCAUGCAAUCAACUCUGUAAAAAGCAUAUAAUCAUGUUCUUUAUUAUAACAUAAUCAUAAUGGUUAUAUUGUUUUAUGUUAUUUGCAGGAUCUUUUUAUGAUAUUUGGAGUCCGUGACUUUCUCCCUUCCAAUGAUUUUGUACACUGGAUGGCAACAAAUGUUUGUGAGCCACCUGAGCUGCGGCUGAUUUGUUCAAGUGUGAUCUUUCUCUUAUGUGGCUUUGAUGUACCACAGUUGAAUUUGGUAAAAUAUAACCAGUAGUCUGUUUUUAUCUUAAAUCUGUGAAGCAUGUUUCUGCUACACACUAAGAGGUAAAAGAAGGAUUAAGCUUGGACAUAAGUCAACUACUAGAUUAUGUCCCAGUUUCUGUAGUUUAUAGUAAUUUUGCUAUUCCUCCCAGGGUUUGAGCUAGGAUUUGACUAUUUAGGGUCAAUUUGUCCCUUUAGAUUAUUUUUGGGGGGACAUUUUCCAUUUCUGAGGGUCGCUUAAGCAUAGGGAAAAUUUCAAACUGAACUAAAAUUUUAAACAUUUAAUGAAAUAGCAACAAGUUACAUUGUAAUAUGGCAUGCUUCUUUUUAUCUUUCUCUGUAAACUCUUAACCAUUCACCAGAGCGUGGCGAGAGCAUGAAAUGCUUUGGGGACAAUUUCGGGGGAAAAAGCCGCAAUUUUGAACAUUUUGUCAAAGUAUCCAGAAUUGGAUGAAACACUACUAAAGUGGUUUUGGGAGAAGAAGAGUCAGGAUAAGUUUAAAAGUCUUUUAUUUUGAAUCAACGCUUUACUCAGCCGAUUUCUGUCAGAUCGUGUUGCAAUGUUUACACAAGCCGUGGGAAUGACUGCUUCUGAUCGGUCAGUUUCAGAUGUUGUCAAAAUGAGACAAAACAAACAUCUAAAUCUUGCUUCUCUUAUCUUUCACAAAAAUUGCUGUUAGCGUAUUAAUUCUGCGGCUAAAACCAAAUUGUUUAUUGAAAAAUCGUGCCGUUUAUAGUCGAAUUUAUGUUGAAUUUCAACUCUUGCAAUUUUUUUUUUGGGCACAAAUACUUCAGUAAAAAUCUGUCGCAAAAAUCGCUCGCUUUUUUAAGGGACAAAUUGACCCCUGAAUCAUUUUUGGACGGGACAUUUUAAAUUUUAUUGCGGGAUUGGCGCAAUGGCGCGGCCUGGCUCAAACCCUGCCUCCCUAGAUGUACUUUCAGGAAACUUUUGGGCUUUUUUUACAUUACCUUAAUAUCUGUUUAAUUUACCUAUACCCAUUUCAACAAUUAAGUGGAGAGGACCUAUGAAAGUCAAUUGUCUUACCUAACAGCAUAACAUAAUUACCUCUGCUGUGGUCUGAACUAGCAUCUUCAGUUCUAGAGUCCAGAUUGCUAAUGUAUGGGCUGCCUAUCCUAACUAUCCACUGUACAGAAGUAAUCAAUGAUCAUUUUGACAUUCAUAUUUGUAGACACGCCUUCCAGUUUAUGUGUCACACACUCCUGCUGGAACAUCUGUCAAGAAUUUAGUACAUUUCAACCAGGUAGGAAAAACCCUCUUGCCACCAUGUAUUUGCAAAACCAUAUUUUAUUUUUGAUGUGAUGCUGAUUUUUUUUUCUCCUUUUAGCUGUACAAGUCAAGUAAAUUCCAAAUGUAUGACUAUGGCAGUCCAGAAAAGAACAAAGAACACUAUGGCACUGUAAGUGUAAAUAUAAAUAUACAUGUACAGCAAUUGUGGGUCCUAAUUUUAACCCUUGCUACCCUAACAUCAAAUAUGUGUAUUCUCCAUACUGUUCUCUAUACAUUUCCUAAGGUGCUGACAAGGAGAAUUUGUUAAAUAAUCGAGAGCUUCAACUAUAGUUGGUGAUCAUUUCUUAUAUUGACUCAUGGGUGAUAUUGUAAGGAGAAAUUAGAUGGGGCCAAAGUGUUCAUUUGAAUCAUAAAAGUUAUUGGAUCAAUAUCAGUAUCAGGGCAACUACCCACCUACCCCUCCCCUAACUCAACAACAGUCAAUUGACAACAAUUUAAGGUUAAUGUUGGGUUACGGGAGGGGUAGGUUGGCAGUUGCCCAGAUACUGAUAUUGAUCCAAUUUACCCACAGCUCCUAUUUGUAAAAAGAAAUUUAACCACAUUAAACUUUUCCCUAAACAAUCUUUCAUGUAUUUUCACAACCGAAGCUUUAUGUAUCUUGUUUUAGUUUAACCAUUUUCUACUUUUUCAAAGGCCACUGUUCCUCAGUACAAUGCUUCUGCCAUCACUGUGCCAGUAGCACUCUACUAUGGAGGAAAUGAUUGGCUAGCAGAUCCCAGUGAUGUGAAAAUCUUGAUGCAGAAGCUUAAAAGCAAGUGGUAUGAUAAAUAUAUUGCACCAUGGCAGCAUUUAGACUUCACUUGGGGCCUGGAUGCCGCAUCUGUGGUAUAUGAUGACAUCAUCAAGAGAAUUAAUGAGAUUGAAUAUGGACUUUGACCUCUUUUUGUACCAAAAAUGUAAUUCAGAGUAACUUUUUUUAAAAAAAAAAGAAAAAAAUGAAGCUUUGUCACAUUUCAGCAAAUGAUUUAUGAUAACUCAUACUAGCUUUGCUUUCAAAAUUUGAAUUUGGUAUGUGAACGAGUGAUUUAUUAAUAUUUUAGUUAAGUUCUUUUGGCUGGUUUCUUAUUUCUUCGUGAUAAAUGAAAAAAUUAAUAUUAGAUUUUUUGAAGCUUUAUAAGAAAGUUUCAUCACAUUAAAAAAGAUUUACAAAUUUGUAUUACUAAUCAUUUCUUUAUUAGGGGAAGUAUUGCAUAAUGUUGUAAAUCCAAAUCUCAUGAAAUGUCUUCAUUUAAAACUUUGAAGUGUUUUACCACUAUAUGAUAAUUAUGUUCUAUAAUUAUGUAAUUUUUUUCAUGAACACAAAUUAGAGUGUGAAAACAAGGACAUAAUUGAGAAUUAAGUAUCUGAGUUUAGGGAAAAUAUUUUAGAAGUUGAGGUUGAAGAACUUACCUUCUAUUUCCUCAUUCUUCCCUAGUUACUGUAUUUAUAGAUCACUUCAGUUGCUUCCAUUUUUUAUAGAUACUAUUCUUACAAUGCUCAAUAUGAAAAGGUUCUUAUUUUUUCAUAAAUAGAUCAUUAAAUCCUAAGUUAAGUUUUGCGUAAUGCUGUCAUGAGUUUCCUUAAUGUCUUUACUUUCACGAGGUAAAUAAUACAAAGGGGUGUUCCUUCAUUUCUCUACUUUCAAUUGGUCUUUCAAUAUGGAGGUAAAGUUAUCUUGACUGCUGUCUUGCUUCCUCACUUUUAAAGGCAUUGCUCUGUGAGGUUGAACAACUUGACUUAAAAGGUGAGAGGAAGCUUUUAAUAAUGAACAGGGAGAUUAUUCUCAAAUAACAACCUUGGAAAGUUUUCAACCAGACCCAAUCCAGACAGCUUAACAACUUGGCUUGAUAGAGACUUCUCCACAAUCUAAACCCCACUUCAAGGCAAAAAAACAAGUUGUCAUUCAUCUUAUUUGGGGCAUGGAAUAAAGGAAAAAAGAUUCAAGUUUCCCAUGAAGAACCAUGAAUAUUCAGAUUUCACCAUCC